AUGUUAAAAUUUUUAAGUACGAAAUGCAAACAGUUUAAUUCAUUCAACCAUAUUAUAAUAAACCAUAAAAUAUAUUUCCCUUCGAAAAGUAAUAAAUGUUAUUUUUCUUCUUCUUCCAUAAAAGAUGUAGAGAAAAAAAACGAAGAACCUAUCAUCCAAUUAACGAAUGAUGCUAUAAAUAAAAUGAAAGAAAUAAAUUUAAAGUAUAAAAAUUCCAAAGCUUUAAAAGUUUGUGUAGAAGCAGGUGGGUGCUCAGGAUUUCAGUAUUCUUUCUCAUUAAUUGAUAAAAAUAAAAUAAAAGAUAAAGAACAAAUAGUUUAUGAUAAAGAUUGUGUCGUAGUAAUCGACAAACAAGUUAUUGAUAUUUUAAAGAAUAGCAAAAUACAUUACAUUAAUAAUCUUAUAUCUAAAAAGUUUACAAUUGAAAAUAUACCAAAUAUUUCUUCCAAGUGUUCAUGUGGAAAUUCCUUUGAUAUUGACUUUGUAUAA